UUGUUUAACUUUUUCCCAGACAUGUUUUUGCAAAACUAUGAGUAGGUAAACUAACCUAAAAGCAAAACUGAAACUUUUACUAAAUUGAAAUUAACAUAACUUUGCUGAAACUAUGUCCUAUAACUUGUUCUAAGUGUAUUUCUGGUCUGCUGAUGUACAUGCUUCCACAGCUCCAUAAAUCAGUUUUCACUGUACAUGAGGUUCUUGUGUAGCUGCUUUUCAACCGUCACUCAUAGAAAAUCCAUUCAGAACAGGAAUGACGUCCUUUCAGAAGACACAAAGAGUCAAAUCAGAUCAAUCUGGGUUACAGUUGUCCCUCACCAAACCUUUUUUUGUUUUAAAUCAUACUCCUAACCCUACAGCAGUCCUGUCAGUACAAGUUAAUGACCUCAGCGCUGCGUUUUAAUUCUUUUCAGGCUUACUCCACCUGCUCAGCAGCUUCCACACUGUAAAUAGCCUUUGGCCUGUCUUUGGAGCUGCACUGACACAAACUGCAUUAUAAAGAGAGGUGUGGUGUCGGCAGGCUGCUCUGCUGAAUGAGCCCCAUGGAAGUGUAUGUUAAUGUUUUUGCUGUUACUGCAGGUUAAUAUUCAGCAACUGCUACUGAUCAAAUACAGGCUGAACCUUUGAUAAACAUGGGGCGACUGAUGAAACGGGACACAAUGAUAAGAGAAAACAGAUCACAGAGGGAAAAGCAGAAUAAUUUGGAGUUUUCCAGUUCACUCUUUUAGUACAUUUCAACACAGUGCAUGAGCAGUCAGUCUGGUAUGAUUCAUGUCUUGUUGAUGCAUGAUGUGUUCUGCAACAUUUUUAAAACAGCUGUACUUCUCCUUCUGCCGUAUGAGCAAUUAUUUCCUGUGUGUUUUACAAUAGUUGUCUCCUGAUUCAGAGUGUUGCAAAGUAACUCUGUCAGUGAAUGUGCGAACAUCUAAACAGGCUUCAGUAUGUCGUGUCUGGUCUCUGGCCCAGAUACUGAUGGUGAAUGUGAUUUAUUCUCGUAGAGAUUAACAAACUCUCAGCGUGUAAACAUUCAGCUACAGCCACGAAGGUUUCAUCUGGGUGGAAGUUACAUCUCAACUGGGCAUGACGGAGCGAGCCAAGCUGAGGGUGUAGCCACAUCUGGCAGAAAGCGCCGACGUGAACGGGAGCCUCAGCACUUUAAACACUCGACUGCAGCACCAGGGACGAUGGGAGAGACCGAGGAGGAUAAUGUGGGGAAGCUGUUUGAAAACCUGGUCCAGGCCUCCAGCUGUAAGGGGACGCUGCAGGCCUUCAACGUUCUGUGCAGAAAACUGGACCUGGACCCUUUGGAGAACAGCACGUUCUACAGUAACCUGAAGGCAAAGGUCACCUCCUGGAAGGCCAAGGCACUGUGGAGCAAACUGGACAAGAGGAUGUCCCAUAAGGAGUAUAAGAAGGGACAGGCCUGUGCGGGCACCAAGUGCCUCAUCAUCGGGGGAGGCCCCUGUGGCCUGAGGACCGCCAUCGAGCUCACUCUGAUGGGGGCCAAAGUGGUGGUGAUCGAGAAGAGGGACUCUUUCUCCAGAAACAAUGUGCUGCACCUUUGGCCCUUCACCAUCCAUGACCUACGGGGCCUCGGGGCCAAAAAGUUUUACGGCAAAUUCUGUGCCGGGGCCAUAGAUCACAUCAGCAUUCAGCAGCUGCAGCUCAUCCUGCUGAAGGUGGCCCUGAUCGUUGGAGUUGAGUUUCAUAUCAACGUGGAGUUUGUGAAGCUGCUGGAGCCUCCAGAGGACCAGGAGAAUGAAGGGCUGGGCUGGAGGGCUGCGAUCCGACCUGCUGAUCAUCCCGUCGCUAAUUUUGAGUUUGACGUCAUCAUUGGGGCUGAUGGACGCAGAAAUACCCUGGACGGUUUCAAAAGAAAGGAGUUCAGGGGGAAGCUGGCGAUCGCUAUCACAGCCAACUUCAUCAACAGAAACACCACAGCGGAGGCCAAGGUGGAGGAGAUCAGCGGAGUGGCCUUCAUCUUCAACCAGAAGUUCUUUCUGGACCUCAAAGAGGAGACGGGUAUUGAUCUGGAGAACAUUGUGUACUACAGGGACAACACACAUUAUUUUGUCAUGACUGCAAAGAAACAGAGCCUGCUGGAUAAGGGAGUCGUCAUAAAUGACUACGUCGACACCCAGAUGCUGCUGAGCAGUGAAAACGUCAACCAGGAAGCUCUUCUGUGCUACGCCCGAGAGGCUGCUGACUUUGGCACCAACUACCAACUUCCCACACUUGAUUUUGCCAUGAACCACUGUGGACAGCCAGAUGUAGCAAUGUUUGACUUCACCAGCAUGUACGCCUCCGAGAACGCCGCCCUGGUCAGGGAGCGGUUUGGACACCAGCUGCUGGUGGCGCUGGUGGGCGACAGUCUGCUGGAGCCCUUCUGGCCCAUGGGAACGGGAUGUGCCCGAGGUUUUCUGGCUGCCUUCGACACAGCCUGGAUGGUAAAGAGCUGGGCUCAGGGUCGGACGGUUCUGGAGGUUUUGGCAGAGAGGGAAAGUAUUUAUAGAUUACUUCCACAGACAACCCCUGAAAAUAUUGCCAAAAACUUUGAUCAGUACACCAUAGACCCUGGGACUCGAUACCCGAACCUAAACUCCUCCUGCGUCAGACCACACCAGGUGCGUCACUUGUACAUCAGUGGAGAGGUCUCCUGUUCUCUGGAACGAGCUGCUUCCAUACGACGGCCCGUCAAUCUCUGCAGACGAGAAUCCGAGAUCAGACCAGCGAGGCUCCUCACCUGGUGUCAGAAACAGACCGAGGGCUACAAGAACGUGACGAUCACAGACCUGACAUCUUCAUGGUUAAGCGGCAUCGCCUUCUGCGCCCUCAUCCACAGAUUCAAACCUCAGCUGAUAGAUUUUGAUUCAUUAAACGAGGAAGACCACGCUGCGAAUCUCCAGCUGGCUUUUGACAUCAGCGAGCGGGAAUUUGGGAUCCGUCCAUUCACAUCUGGGAAGGAGCUGUGCAACGGCCAAGAACUGGACAAAACAAAGAUGAACACCUACUUGUCCAAGUUCUACGAGUUGUUUCGCGGUACACCUCUACCUGCCUCAGGUCCCAGGGGAGUGGAUGAAAACAAUGAUUAUCCAUCUAAGGAAGGCAGAAGUAUUAAUAAUGUGCUGAAUCUUACGCCGCCAAGAAAACGGGUACCAAAGGAUGAAAAGAAGUCAGACGGUACAGACUCCAUUUACAAAAGGAAGCGGAAAUUCUGUAGUUAUUUGGAGGAGGCCACCAACCUGGCGAGCAACGGCUCAUCAGUCCGAGACGGUAGCGAACCCAAAGAGAACAAGGUGCGUUCAAUGGCGACUCAGCUGUUGGCGAGGUUUGAGAGUUCCCCAAACCAGCACACCAUCCGCAAACAGUUAGACUGUGAGAGGUCGUCGUUGUCGCUGCAGACUCUUGACCUGACAGAGAUUCUGCACGUAAAACUCAGACCUGUGCCUCCAAAACCUCCUCUUGAGGAACAGUCUGAAGCUGAUCUCAGACCAGCAGCCUCACACAUGUUUCUUCGGCCGCCAAAGCCUCUGCCCAAACCCAAACUCCAAACGCCUCAGUCUCAGCAGCCGCUCUCUGUAGUGAAGCUCAGACAUGUUGAUCAAACACAUGCCCAGACGAAGCCCCCGCCUCAGCCUGAGAGCGCAGGCCCCACCGCCCCCUCCUACCACUCAGCAAUCCAAUUCAUGUCAAGAAUCCUCGAACGCCUCAGGGAGGUGGACGAACACAUCUCUGAGAAAAAAGCUCAGACACAACAGACUAGAGAGUUUCAAGCAAAGAGCAUAAAGGAAAAAGCUGUUCACCUUUCUGGUCUGUUCUCUAGUGACAGUCCUGCUGUUGUCAAGGGCGGCUCAGUGCGGCGGGCGUUUCCCCAGUCGAAUGACAAGUGUCACUCAUGCGACAGGCGUGUUUAUAUGGUGGAGAGGAUCUGCGCUGAAGGGCUCUACUUCCACAGGGAGUGUUUCCGAUGUUCAACCUGCAGCUCUACUCUGCGUCAGGGAGCGCACGCCUUCGACUCUGAAAAGGGGAAGCUGUAUUGCAAACUUCAUUUUGAUCAGCGUAACAGUGGCACAAAUCUACGGAGGAAUUUCUCACUACGUUCAAAUCGUUCUGGGGCUGAAGUCCAGCAGAAACCUGUUACUGAUGAGGAGUCCAGCAGCGUGGCAGACCCUCAGAGCCAGUCCACAGGUACCUUCUGCUCGUUUGUAAGGAAUCGGAUGAAGUGGCCCUUGAGUGUGACCCGCUCUGUGUGUAACGCCCCCUGGUAUUUAUCCAACUGUGUGCGUAGUGCCACUCAGGCCUUCGUCUGCCACCUGAGGGACAACGCCCAGGACUAUGCAUUCCUGUAUGAGCUUCUGAGCAUGAGCGUGCCCAUGCUGCUUGUUUUUCAAGAGGUACUUGUGCAGAUGUACACAGAGGCUGUACCCGAGGGCCCGAGCCCUCUACAGCCUCUUCUGCAGUGGCUUCAGGAUCAGAUCGGGCACAGGCUCAUCUAGACCAUCAACCUUUUAAUGCUCAAACCUGGACAUUACAAGUAAUGUUUGGCUGGAGUGUUUUUGGCCUAUUUUUAGCUGUGCACAAGCACCUUGAAAUGUUCACUCUCAUGGAAAACACCUUUACAUCAGCCAAAGAAGAGACACUGUAUGCUGCAUUACAGGGUUUCUGGAGAUUUAGUGUAACAUGAAAGCUGCACCAAAAAAAAAAAAAAAGUGCUUUUUCUUUGAUGCAGAAGCUGUACAAAUAAUUUAAACAAAUAGGUUAAACUACUUAAAAUGCAAACAAAAGUAAAACAGGUCAUCGUGUGUGCCUUACAGACUUCCACAUCACAACUGCUGACAUGUCCAAUCAUUGUUGCUGUUGAGUUGCUAUAAACUGUCUUGGAAAACUGAUCCUGCAGUUAAACCAGAUUAACUCAGGUUAAUACGACUGACUGACUUGAUGCACUUUAUCUUUGGGAACUGCUUUGUGGACUGAACCACAAACUGUCACAUUAGAUAAAAGCUUGUUGCAACAGCAGGCAGGUUUGUUUCGAGUGUGUGUUGUAUGUGUUUUUACUUGUUUUUUUUUUUAAUAUGAAUAUGCAUGUGUGUGUGUAAUUUAAUUCACUCAUCACUCAUUUUACACCCUGUUAAAUGAUACAGUACGUUUUUACUUUCUAUGGGCGAUACCAAAGACUGAGAGUUUUCUAGACAAUAUUUUGUUUUCCUUUGCUGCCAUCUACUGUUGAGACUUAGAAAAACCAUGAAGGCAAAAUAAAAUACCACAUCUUUUUGUUCAACUCUCUGUGUUUAAGUGUUAGGUUUAAAGUAAAUUUACUGUAGACAGAAGAGGCUGGUAGGCACGCUGUGAUAUGUCUGAAUGUGCUGCCGCUCUUGCCUAACAUUAAAAGCAUGUUAUUAGAUCAACUGCAAACCUCUUCGACUGGAGGUCGCCCAGCUGCUUCCUGUUCAGUUACACUAUCUAAUGAUGCUUAUGAAGCACUUUAGGGUUAAGAAAUUUUUGUUAAUCUUUAAAAAUAUGAAUUAAAAAUUGUGUUCAGGCCAUUUUCUGUAAAACCUUCCAGCAUGACAUGCUGGAAAAGCAAGAUGAUGUUUGUGUUUUGUUAUUUAGUUUUUCUUGUUGAAUAUUACUGAAUCUGCUUACAGUUGUUUAUUAGGAGAUAAAUAUGUGGUUUACACUGCAGGGAAGGUGGAGGGUUUUAAAAUGCCAAAGAACUGUUCUCAUACUCAGACUUUUAUACAACUAGAACUCAGAGAAAGUAGGGAUCGUUUGGAAAAUGUUAAUAAAGUCUGAAACCACUUAAACUAUAUGGACAAAUACACUGUGACACAUCACACCUACAGACUGUAGGACUGAAAAAAUGUUUAUGUUAUUUGUUGUUAAUAAUUACCUCAAUAAAUGUCAAAUCCAUGUUUGGUUUUUUUUUUUAAGUAUAAAGGCUUGACUUUUAGAAACAAGACAAUUAUUUAUGGUCAAAGCGUGAUCAAUAUUUUGGAAAUCUAGAUGUAAAACAUCAAAAUAAUUAUAAAUAAAUAAAAGAUUUCCUUCAACAUUGAGUAAAAAAAGAGCAUAGAUAGCAAUAUAGAUAAAAUAAACUCUAUAUAAAUAUAUAUAUUUCAGUGAUGUUUAUUGCAAUAUAAAUUCACUUUUUGAUUCAUAGUCCAGCCACCUGUUUGUAAUGAAACACCUGAGUUCAGUGUGUCCUAAAACUUUUGUCCAUACAGUUUUUCUAUUUGUAUGCUUAUUUUGACUUGUAUGUCACAGUGUGAAGACCCAUAUAUUUUAUGUUUUGUCUGAUCAGACGACACUGUGUCAAAAACCUCAUGGUUUCAUCAUUACUUUGGCCAGUUUUCUAUGCAAAGACAGUCUCAUGUUCAUGUGUCCAUGUUCUGCACUGUGGGAUAAAGUUUGGUAAGUAAAUGUAUAAAUCACUAAUUUGUAUUUUUAUACGCAUUUUCAAUACCAUCCAAACUUUCUCUGAUGUUCGUACAUAUGAAUACCAGUGUCAUAUGAACUGUAACAUGGUGCCAACAUCAAGAUAUCACCAGUGAAUGUCAGUAUUUUAGGUUCGUUUUCAUAAACAUUUUGUACCUUUGUGC